AUGUUUUCUGGUGUAGAGAGUCUUCUCACCGUUUUUAAGAGGAUUUCGGAGCGCUUGGAUAUGAGUUCUAAAGACUUUCAAACAUGUUCAACAAUUUUGCAAAAGAGAAUUGAUAUCUACAACAAAGUUUCAUCAAUGUUAACUGAAUUAUCAAAUACUGAAUAUGAUCCUACUGAUUUCUUAUCAAGAUCAUUAGUUGAAACGAUAAAAUCCGAAGCCUCACUCUAUCAACUAAUUGUAAAUCAGUUUCGUCAACAAAUUCAAAUCGAAUUAAAGCCACAGCUCGAUAAUCUGAAUGAGACCAAGAAGUUAAUAUUCAAAAAUGUUGAUAAACAAAUUAAAAUCUUAACUAAAAGCCUUAAAAAAGGAAAGAACGAUUCAAAUGCAAUGGAAGUCAUUCAAAUUGCAGGAGAAAUACAAAGUUCUCAAUUACCUGAGAUACAUAAACAACUUGAAGAUUUUGAAUGCAACAGGUUUUCAGUAAUUCACAAACAUCUAAUUUCAUAUGCAGAUCUGAGUUCUAAAUUUUCAGUUGGACAAGAUAACACCUACAAAAAAUUCCUAAGCAAGCUAAAUGUAUACGAUCCAAAAGAAAAAAGCCAUAGAGCAGUUUUAAGAGUUUUAGAUCCGACAAUUACCGAGUCUGCAGAUACAGAAGAAGCUUACGCAAUAGCUGUUGCAGACUUUCGAUCAAAUCAACCAGCAGAUUUGGCAUUCACUCGAGGAGAUAAAAUUCAUGUUUUAUCUCAACAUUCUAGCGGUUGGUGGGAAGGUGAAUGUAAUGGCAAAAAGGGAUUAUUCCCCAAUACAUAUGUUACUCUUGAAAAUUCGACAGAUACAAUCAAAUCUCAAAAGAUCUGUGCCUAUUUCUCAAUUGACAAAGAAUAUCAUCCAACAUUGAGGACUGAACUUGAUUUAGAAGUUGGUGAUCUUGUUUUUGUCGAAUAUUAUCUAAGAGGACGAUAUUUUGGAGAAAAUCAGCGAACAGGACACAAAGGAAGUUUCCCUGAAAGCUGUUUAACCCUUUAA